AUGGGCCACAAGGACCGCAACAGGGUCCACGGCAAGGAUUACAGGGCCCACAAGGUCCGCACGGGCCACAGCAUGGCCCACAUGGACUACAGCAUGGUCCACAACUUCGUGGACCGCACGGUCCACAGCACGGGCCGCAAGGACCGCAACAAGGUCUGCAAGGCCCACAGCACGAACCACAGGGUCCACAAGAUGGACCACAAGGUCCACAACAAGGGCCGCAGGGACCACAUGGACCACACGGACCGCAGCACGCCAUUUUUAAAAUUUUUUCAAAGGUAA